AUGGCCGACAAAGACAUGGCAGAGAGGGACGUCAUGAUCCAGGAGAUGCCCGGCAUCUCACUCUUGAUCUGCCUCUUACACACACUCCGCACGUUCCGACGGGAAAUCAGCACAGAUAAAAUGGGAAUAACUCCAGCACAACGAGAUGUGAUACACUAUUUCAACAAGGAGUGGCACUCAAUCCGUCACCAGUGGGUAAAAGGUCUGAAGACUGAAGCUUUCAAUCUACUGACCAACACUAAUAACCGGGUGGAGAGUGUCAACCAGAAAUUGAAAGCUGUAAUCACUAAAAACAGUGGAAUCAGCCAGUUAUUCACAGAUUUGAUGUCUGCACUUCAGUCCAUGUCUGUGGAAAAAGACCACCGAGCACUGAAAGUGUUACAAAAACAGCUAGAGAAAGCACAUAGUUUGACUGUGGAGGAACGAGAUGCUGGUGGAGCUUUCUGCAUCAGAUCACCAGCUGGCCUACUCAAUCCUACGGGUGGCAGAUUUAUAGUGACAGAAGUGGACAAACAGGAACAGUGCAAUGUCAUAAACUUUUUGCCGGAGCUGGGUGUUACAUGCAACACCGCGCUACAGGAGGGCCUGUACCAUGACAUCCCCGGCACCAGCAGUUCGACGGCAGCCCAGGGCAUCGGCAACAAUGCAUACAAGCACCUACCCAGGCAGAGGAAAAUGAACCCGACUGAAAAGGAAAAUGUUGUUACAAUGCUCGACAUUCAUGCAAACAAAAAACUAUUGCAAGAUCGGCUGAUCAAAGAGACAGGAAAGGUCAUCCUCCUCAAAGACCUUCAUAACCUGGCGGCAACCAACAAGCCAUCUAAUGACGCGCAGACAUUACUGGAGCUGAUGCAGAAAGUGCCUGGAGCAACAGUAGAGAUCCUUUUGGAGGGGCAGGUAAUUACGGGCAUCUUCUUCCAAACUGAAGAAAUGAAGAAGACCUUUCAAGACUUUCCUGAAGUCCUGUUGAUCGAUGCAACAUACAAGUUGAACGAUAUUAGAAUGCCACUGUUUGUUCUGAUGGCCAUUGAUGGAAAUGGUGUAAGUGAGAUAGUGGCCCUAUGGCUAGUACAACAUGAAGAUCGACUCACUUUGGAGAACAUGAUAAGAAUAUUUAAGGAGAAAAAUAGCAGCUGGGAAGGAGUGCAAGUGGUGAUGGCCGACAAAGACAUGGUAGAGAGGGACGUCAUGAUCCAGGAGAUGCCCGGCAUCUCACUCUUGAUCUGUCUCUUCCACACACUCCGCACGUUCCGACGGGAAAUCAGCACAGAUAAAAUGGGAAUAACUCCAGCACAACGAGAUGCCUGCCGUGAAAUGUUGACAAAGCUGGCCUACGCAAAAAGUGAAGAAGAAUACCAGGUGCUGCAUACCAUUUUUCAGGAUUCGGCUCCCAAACAGGUGAUAGACUAUUUCAACAAGGAGUGGCACUCAAUCCGUCACCAGUGGGUGGAAGGUCUGAAGACUGAAGCUUUCAAUCUACUGACCAACACUAAUAACCGGGUGGAGAGUCUCAACCAGAAAUUGAAAGCUGUAAUCACUAAAAACAGUGGAAUCAGCCAGUUCUUCACAGAUCUGAUGUCUGCACUUCAGUCCAUGUCUGUGGAAAAAGACCACCGAGCACUGAAAGUGUUACAAAAGCGUGACUUGUAG